AUGGCUGCCCGCUGCCGCCUCGCCGCGCGCUUCCACCAUAUCCACGGCACCAAUGUCCGCCUGGACGCUUCGCGGACGCGGGCCACCCGGGUGGAAAGCUUUGCCAACGGGCUCUGCUUCAGCCAGGAGCCGCUGGCGCCCGGGCAGAUUUUCCUGGUGGAGAUCGAGGAGAAGGAGCUGGGCUGGUGUGGGCACCUGCGCGUGGGGCUGACGGCCCACGACCCCCAGAGCCUGGAGGUGGUGCCCGAGUAUUCGCUGCCAGACCUGGUCAAUAUGGGGGACACCUGGGUGUUCGCCAUCACCCGGAGCCACAACCGUGUCACAGUGGACGGGGAGGAGGCGCGGGUGCGGAGCCCGGCCUGGGAGCCCUUCCUGCUGAUCGAGCGGGUGAGGAUCCCCCGUGACACGCUGGUGGGGCGCAGCAGGCCCGGGCGCUACAGCCACAUCCUGGACGACCUGUACAAGGCAAACGUGCUGCCUGCAACUGCCCGGCGCAGCCGGAUCGGCGUGCUAUAUGCCCUGCAGCGUGACGGCACCGCCGACAUGCACAUCAUCAUCAACGGAGAGGAUAUGGGGCCGAGCGCCAGGCACCUGCCCACCAGCCGCCCGCUCUACGCCGUGGUCGAUGUCUUCGCCUCCACCAAGAGCGUCCGGGUCAUCCCGGUGGAAUACGGCUUUCCCUCCCUACAGACCCUCUGCCGGCUGGUCAUCCAGAAGCACAUCGUCCACCGCCUGGCCAUCGACGGCCUGGACCUGCCCCCGCCACUGAAGAGCUUCUGCCAACACGAGUGA